UCAAUCGAAUAAUCCAUCGUUGUUUUAUUGCAAUUUAAAGUUCUAUAGCUCUCAAGAAAACACCCUCUAUAAUAAACUGACGAAAUCGAAGAAGGUCUAACCAAACCUUUAAAAAAAAAUUACGUUGAUUUUGACUAAACUAUUCUCGAUCAUUAUUACGAAUUUAACCAUCCACCAAAGAAAGUUCUCGUUUUAAUUAUCCUUACAAUGUCAUGAAGAUUUCACGGCCAUUUAAGAAAACUUUUCAACCUGCCUAACUGCGUCUUAAUGCACUAAAGAUUAGCCUUCGCAUGAGGUAUAAUUGUCAACGCUUUAUUCGAAAUUUAAAAUCGCUCAUAAAGGCUAAUUGUUCACGGUAUAUUUCGCUCGACAUGUCAUGAAAGUGCCAGCUUUCUUCCGAAUAAACAUCGUAGAUUAUUGUAACGAUUAUUCGAAGUGAGGAGUGAUAGAACUCCGACCUAAGGAUGUCGUGUAAGACUUCCUCAGAUUUUGGGUUGUACGCUGAAGUGUGGAGAAAAAACGAAGGGAAGACAUGGUUCAAAUUGAUUGGUGCUUGUGGAUUACUAGUCCUUUUAUUUGUGAGUCUUCUCAGCAUACUUCGCACAUAUUCCGACAACACAAGCUUGAGGGAGUCAACAUUCGAAAACCUACACCCGGAAAAACUGACCAGAUCCAUACCUCACUCAGAGGGAGAAAAAGAAGCUCCUCGUCCAUUUGGUAUGGACUUCAAAGACCCAGUACCAGCAGCCUUUGGUUUGAGCUCGACCACAGAAAAAAUUACAACCAUCAGCUAUCCUCAAUUAUCCAGAUAUAGACAAAAUUACCAACCAAGGAAUAUUCAAGAUAUUUUGAGAUACACUGCUCCGAUUCUGACUCCCAAGAGUUACGACAGAAUGAAUCCAUAUCAAAAUCAGUAUGGACCAUCCAACUAUCAACAAUAUCCAACGCCCCAGCAUCAGUUCCAUAUGUCAGGUCAGAAAUACGGUUACAACCAAUUGGCUUCUAACCACGAUCCGUUUUACGCUUUUAAACCACAGGAUCCAAGUGAUAUCAAUCUUAUGGCCACAGCCAGCGUGAGGUUUGCACCGCCACCUUGGAAAAAUAUGCAGUCCAAAUCCAAACCUAGGCUGUACGCUAACCACCAAGCUGAUAUGUCGGAACCUCCACAAAUAAGGGAUAUGAUAAGAAAUAGGAAUAAACCUUUGAUUGUAACUUUGAAUAUAUUUCCGAUGACUGAUCAGGAUAAAAUGAUGAUGUCGAAUCCUCAAUAUCAGGGACAGUUUAACCUUUUUGGCAGGAUGAUGGCUAACAGUGAGAUGGCGGCAAGGAGUAGUAACAUGAUAAUUAGGUUUAAUCUGUUUCCGGAAGCUUAUAAUGCCAUCAAUAGGCAAGAUAGACUCGAAUGAUUGAAAAAUAUAAAAAAGAAUUUUUUUCUAUACAAAUGUUUGAUGAGACUGAAACUAAAUUAACUAUGAUUGAGCUUGAA